CCCAUGGAGACCUGCUGUGCUGAUGGACACCGCAUGGCCACUCAGCACAAGGACUGCUCGCUGCCCUACGCCUCUAAGUCCAAGGAGUGCAGGAUGGUCCAGGAGCAGUGCUGCCACAGCCAACUGGAGGAGCUGCACUGCGCCACCGGCAUCAACCAGGCCAAUGAGCAGGAGGGCUGUGACUCCCAGUCGGGGACCAGCCCCGAAGCCAUGUUUGUGAAGAGGUGCUGCCACUGCUGCCUGCUCGGAAGGGCGGCCCAGGCCCAGGGCCAGAGCUGUGAGUACAGCCUGAUGGCCGGCUACCAGUGUGGCCUGGUCUUCCGGGCGUGCUGCGUCAAGAGUCAGGAGGCCGCGGACUUCACGCCUGGGGACGUCGGGGACCUCCAAGAGACACCUAAAGUUUCCGAAGGCGAGGAGGAACAAGAAGACCCGUACCUGAAUGACCGCUGCCGAGGUGGGGGGCCCUGCAAGCAGCAGUGCAGGGACACAGGGGAGGAGGUCGUCUGCUCCUGCUUCGUGGGCUACCAGCUGCUCUCCGAUGGCGUCUCAUGUGAGGACGUGAACGAGUGUAUCACCGGCAGCCACACCUGCCGGCUGGGCGAGUCCUGCAUCAACACUGUGGGCUCUUUCCGCUGUCAGCGUGACAGCAGCUGUGGCACGGGCUACGAGCUCACAGAGAGCAAUGAAUGCAAAGAUAUUGACGAGUGUGAGAGUGGUAUUCAUAACUGCCUCCCCGAUUUUAUCUGUCAGAAUACUCUGGGAUCCUUCCGCUGCAGACCCAAGCUACAGUGCAAGAGUGGUUUUAUACAAGACGCUCUAGGCAACUGUAUUGAUAUCAAUGAGUGUUUGAGUAUCAGUGCCCCAUGCCCUGUGGGGCAGACAUGUAUCAACACUGAAGGCUCCUAUACGUGCCAGAAGAACGUGCCCAACUGUGGCCGUGGCUACCACCUCAACGAGGAGGGCACCCGAUGUGUCGAUGUGGAUGAGUGUGCACCACCCGCUGAGCCCUGCGGGCCGGGCCACGUCUGUACCAACUCCCCGGGCAGCUUCCGCUGCGACUGCAAACCUGGCUACUAUUUCGACCCCAUUAGCCGGACGUGUGUGGACAUCAAUGAAUGCCGGCGCUACCCCGGCCGCCUGUGUGGUCACAAGUGUGAGAACACGCCCGGUUCCUACUACUGCAGCUGCACCGUGGGCUUCCGGCUGUCGGCCGACGGCAGGUCCUGCGAAGACGUGAACGAGUGCGCCAGUAGCCCCUGCAGCCAGGAGUGUGCCAACGUCUACGGCUCUUACCAGUGCUACUGCCGCCGGGGCUACCAGCUCAGUGACGUGGACGGUGUCACCUGCGAAGACAUCGAUGAGUGCGCCCUGCCCACCGGGGGCCACAUCUGCUCUUAUCGCUGUAUCAACAUUCCCGGGAGCUUCCAGUGCAGCUGCCCCUCGUCGGGAUACAGGCUGGCCCCCAAUGGCCGCAACUGUCAAGACAUUGACGAGUGUGUAACCGGCAUCCACAACUGCUCCAUCAAUGAGACCUGCUUCAACAUCCAGGGUGGCUUUCGCUGCCUGUCCUUCGACUGCCCGGAGAACUACCGCCGCUCGGCAGACACCCGCUGCGAGCGCUUGCCUUGUCAUGAGACUCAGGAGUGCCUCCAGCUGCCUCUGAGAAUAACCUACUACCACAUCUCUUUCCCCACCAACAUCCAAGUGCCGGCCGUGGUCUUCCGCAUGGGCCCCUCCAGCGCCGUCCCCGGGGACAGCAUGCAGCUGGCCAUCACGGAUGGCAAUGAGGAGGGCUUUUUCAGCACCCGCAAGCUGAGCCACCACAGCGGCGUGGUGGUCCUCACCAAGCCGGUCCCCCAGCCCAGGGACUUGCUCCUGACCGUCAAGAUGGACCUGUACCGCCACGGCACCUUCAGCUCCUUUGUGGCCAAGCUGUACAUCUUUGUGUCCGCUGAGCUCUGA